GAUAUCAAGUCAAGGAAAAUUGAUGAUGGACAUAUUGUCUUCAUAAACAGUAUGUCUGGUCAUCGUGUUACUAACUAUUCUCAUUUCUAUUGUGCCACUAAAUAUGCUGUGACUGCACUAGUUGAAGGGAUAAGACAAGAAUUGAGAGAAAUGAAAACCAACACUAGAAUAACAGCUAUAUCCCCUGGCCUGGUUCGUACUGAGUUCAGAGGACGUGCAUCAAAAGCUGCUGACAUAGAGCAGUCAAAGAAAGACUAUGAUUCACUAGUGUAUAAUGGUCAGCCUCUAGAGGCAGUUGAUAUGGCUUCAGCUGUUCUGUUUGCAUUAUCAGCACCACCAAGAAUGGAAGUUAAUGAUAUUUAUAUCAGGCCAACCGCACAAGUUCAUUAAAAAGAAAUGGAGAAAGUGCUUGUCAGUAUUAUUAACAUUUGUGAUGCCUGAAUUUUUUUGAUUUUAGUAAAAAAAUUAAAGCUGCUAAAAAUCAUGUAAAAAUAAGACUUGAAUGCAAUUUGCAUCAAUAACAA